AUGCUCUAUGAUUGCAUUUUGUAUAGGAAGAAGUAUCAUGAUUUGACAAGCUGCCCUAAAUGUGGCCUUUCAAGAUGGAAGGUGACAAAGAAGAAUGUAGUGAAGAAAGGGGUCUCGACAAAGGUUUUAUGGUACUUUCCCCUUAUCCCCAGGUUUAAACGUAUGUUUAAGUCCUUGGAAACAUCUAAAAGUUUAACUUGGCAUAAUGAAGCUCGAAUGAAGGAUGGUCGAUUGCAUCAUCUAGCUGAUUCGCCAUCGUGGAAGCUGAUUGAUUAUAAGUGGCCAGAUUUUGGGAGUGAGCCAAGAAACCUUAGGUUAGCUCUUUCUUCGGAUGGAAUCAAUCCACAUAGUUCACUUAGUAGUAGAUCUAGUUGCUGGCCAGUGAUUUUGGUGACAUAUAACCUUCCUACAGAGUUUUGCAUGAAGAGGAAGUUUAUGAUGUUAACAUUGUUAAUUUCUGGCCCUAAGCAACCUGGCAAUGAUAUAGACAUCUACUUGGAACCAUUAGUUGGUGAUUUAGCGUUACUAUGGGAUAGGGUGGAGGGAGUCUAUGAUGCUUUCCGGAAAGAGUCAUUCACUUUGAGAGCUAUCCUUUUAUGGACAAUCAAUGAUUUUCCGACAUAUGGUAACUUGUUUGGGUGCACUACAAAAUGGUAUUAUGCAUGUCCAAUAUGUGGUGACAAGACAUAUGCGGAAAGGUUGGAACAUGGAAAUAAAAUGGCAUUCACUGGGCAUCGAAGAUUCUUAUCACGUUAUCAUGCUUACAGAAAAUUAACCAAAGAAUUUAAUGGUAAGGAAUAA